UGGCAGUGGCACCUGAGGCUCGGGAUAGGAGCAGGAGACCGGGGAUAAGAGGCGACUUGAGGAUGUCUUUGAAUGAAGAGGGUUUUGUGGUUCGGAUCAGAGGACUGCCCUGGUCCUGCACGCAGGAGGAGGUUGCCAGUUUCUUCUCUGACUGUGACAUCGUUGGGAAAGUAAACGGAGUGUGUUUUACCUACUCUAAAGAAGGACGUCCCAGUGGAGAGGCAUUUAUCGAGCUGAAAAUGGCAGAGGAUUUCAAGAAUGCCCUUGCCAAGGACCGUAAAUACAUGGGACACCGAUACAUAGAGGUGUUCAAGUCAAACCGCAGUGAAAUGGACUGGGUGCUGAAACGUAGUGGUCCUGCUGACUAUGACAGCUGCAGUGGCUGCAUGCUGAGACUUAGAGGCCUUCCCUUUGGUUGCAGCAAGGAGGAGAUUGUUCAGUUCUUCUCAGGGUUGAGAAUCGUGCCAAAUGGGAUUACUCUGCCAGUGGACUACCAGGGGAGGAGCACAGGGGAAGCCUUCGUGCAGUUUGCUUCAAAGGAGAUAGCAGAAAAGGCUCUGGGGAAACACAAGGAAAGAAUAGGGCACAGAUACAUAGAGAUUUUUAAGAGCAGUCGUAAUGAGAUCAGAGCCUACUAUGAGCUGCCCCGGCGGGGGAUGGGAGCCCAGAGACCAGGGCCCUACGAUAGACCCAUGAUGGGGGGCCCGAGAGGAGGGUUUUUUGGGCCCGGGCCCGGCCGCGGUGGAGCUCUGAUGGACACCAUGAGGAGUGGAGGGGGCUAUGGAGGAGGCUAUGGUGGCUUUGACGGCUACAAUGGUUUCAACAACUACUGUUUUGGCAACGGCAUGUUUGAUGAGCGAGUGAGAGGAGAGAGAGGAGGACGAGGGAUGGGAGGUCACGGUUACAGUAGUCAAAGUGACAGUUCUUCAGGCUUCCACAGCGGCCAUUUUGUCCAUAUGAGGGGUUUACCUUUCCGUGCCACAGAGGGAGACAUCGCUAAAUUCUUCUCUCCUUUGAAUCCACUGAGGGUCCACAUCGACGUGGCUCCUAAUGGCAAGUCAACUGGGGAAGCAGACGUGGAGUUUCGCUCCCAUGAAGACGCUGUGGCAGCUAUGUCCAAAGACAAGAACCACAUGCAGCAUCGCUAUAUUGAGCUGUUUCUUAACUCAACAGCCAGUGGAGCAUCUGAAAUGAGUCGUGGUGGCGGUGGUUACUAUGGUAACUCAGGAGGGGGCGGAGGCUCACGGAGCAGCGGGCUGCGAAGUGCAUACUGAUGAUGUCAUCCUACUCUUUCAGUCCAUCCUGACGUUUGUCUUGCAUCUCUGUAGGCCACAUUUACUCGGUUAAUGUUUCUAAGCAGGAGAGCUGAUCUGAAGUCUCUCAUUUGUUGUGUAAGAGUCAUUCUUUUUAUAUUCAGGGGUUCUACUUAAACUUCACUUUAGAUACUAGAACACACCAGAUCUGACUAUUAUUACACCAUUCCUGAAGGCAUACGAAGAACAAAACAACCUGUUAACAUGUUGGAGCUGUCGUAGAUGCUGUUCAUGGUUUCAGUCAUUUUGGAGAUUUCUUGUUUAUCGUAUAUUUUUAAAACAACUGGUUAUUGUAGCAUAGUUUUUCAUAGUUCUCAUGAAAAGUACAUUUCCUCUGGUGACCUGAUUAAGAGAAAUCACACAGAAAACACCAGUUUAUUUUUCAUUGUCAAUGUCAUUUUGUUGGUACCACAUUGUUUGGACAGAGCAGAGUCAUUCUGAAUCACUUGAUAUCUCUACUUGGACCUGGAUGACGCGUUGAGGCGAACAAUGCUCUGGAGGGGGGUGACACUAUGUCAAAACAUAACGAGCAGCCCUCUUCGUAAGAAAUUCAGAGUUUAAAAAGAAAAAAACAAACAUUUUACAAAUUUUGUUCAGCUGGAUUUCACAUUAGCUUUCCUGCUUUGACAAGUUUGGUAAAUGUGAGCCAGUGUGUUUUUUAUGAAUGUUUUCACAGUUCAUUGCAGAAUUUAAAACUAAGUUGAAUAUGAUAUUCCACUCUCAAAGAGGGGAAGUAAAGCAAAGUCUCUAUAUUUGAGCUGUAAGAUAGAUUAUGCAGCUGUUGUACAUUUUGCCUAAUAAAUUUUAUAUUUAAUUCUC